AUGGCUGAUGGUUUUACAGUGGCUCAGAAAGAGGCCGUCUCGUUCUCCAACCCCGAGGAAGAUAGAUCCGGUGUCCCCUCUCCCGCUGAUGCAGAGCCUCCGUUCAACAAUCCCUCAGCAGACCUUAUCCUUCGUACUUCAGAUAAUGUAAAAUUCCGUGUCUGGAAGUCCAUCCUGCGGGAGGCGUCUCCUGUCUUUGCCGACAUGUUCGCGCUUGGCAGACGACCCAUCCAGCCUUCCCAAUUCGACGUGGACAGUGAUGGAGGAGGCGAUCACAAGCCUUCCCUCAGCUCUAGUUCAUUGGAACUCGAGCCUAUUCUUGACCUACCCGAACUUACAAGUACCACCCUUCGGUGCCUGCUUCUAACCAUCUACCCUCCACCCACCUAUGCGUUCACCUCACUCGACGACCUCAAGGCCGUCCUCUCCGCCGCACAUAAGUACCAAAUGGACGCCGUGAUGGAUUCUCUCGAGGACGUGCUUGUACGCGACUUCGUCAGAAAAGAAACCCUCCGCGUCUUCUGCAUUGCAACUCUGUACAAUAGACCCAGCGUCCGGGAGGCCGCUGCACGCCGAUUCCUCGCGCUUCCUCCGGUUUCUGCCGCAGAAGCCUACGUGGACGAGCUCCAGGACAUCGACGCGAGGUCAUAUCAUCAGCUACUCGCCUGUCGUAGACAGUGCGCAAGCGUUCUCGCUGAGGCUACUAGGACCCUGUCUUGGUUCCAAGAUGGCGCAUGGGUAUUCACGAGCUUAGUCGCCUGCGGAUGCGGACGCGACGAGAUUUCACGCCCGCUACGCGGCCCUGACGGAGGGGAAGUCGGACGCCAUAUCAAGAGGUGGUUCAUCGCUCAUUAUGAGCGCUGUGCCUCCGCGCUCCAAGACAAGCCGUGUGGCGAGGCCCUCGAAGAUCCCGCGCUGUGCGAUCAAGCACUGAGGGAGGCUACGCGCUGUGAUAAAUGCCGUGAGAAUGUGCAUGACCAUAUGCGGAUUUUCAUGAAGUCGCUCAGAGAGUACGUGGACGGGAAGGUUUCCCAGAUCACUACAGGCAUUUAUUGUCAUUCCUAAUCUCGGGGUCUCCCAUUUGGUGCCAUUGCUAGCUGAUUCCACCUUGUUCUUUGUUGUGACCUGGAUUUCAGGUUUGGAGCGCUGUGGAGGUGUUGUGUUACUAGUUGGCACGAUGCACGAUUAAGAUGGAUCACACUGUAGAUCAUUUCUGUGCAAAGUUCUGAAGACUUUUAUGCGUAGAGUCUGCAAUACGAAU